GCAAGCGCUCUCUCACCCCUGGCAACCCUAGCAAAUCACUCUUCCAUGGGGCAACAAAUUACGUUUCGAGAGCAGGCGGCAAUUCCGGACGUCGGGCAAGCGACUGCGAAACGGACGGAGCCAUUCAAAGCGAAGGAAAGUGCUCUUCAGGCUACCUUUACGCGGAUCGAGGAAGGAGGGGACAAGCGUGCUCCGAGAAAAUCGCAUUGUGAAACGCCAGGGAGGAGCCCAUCUUUGCGCUCGGGGACUGUGUAUUGACUGGCCGACAUCCUUUGAUUUGAAUGAAAUAUGUUUUGUCCAUCUGAGAUGCCUUAGAUGAUGCCCAUUAAUACUGCAAUGGCAAUUGGGGCUUUUUCUAGUUCUCUUCUUGUGACAUGCUGCCUGAUGGUUGCUCUGUGUAAUUCUACUACACCAUUGCAAAAACUAUCCAAGGCUCAAGACAAGCAGGAGAUAAAAACAAGUGAGGAAAAAAAAUAUCAAUCAUUAGCCCAGGAAAGACAGAAUCAUGGACCAGGGAAAAUGAAUGAAAUGACUAUGAAUGGAAGAGAAGAAGGCACUAGGGACUGGAAAAACAAAGGCAACAGAAAUUACUCUAAUAAAGAAUCUUGGACAAAGCAAAAACAGGUUAUGAAUAUUCAAGCAACAAAUAAUAAAUUUGGGAACCUCGAAACUCAUAAUCAGAUCAAAGGUAUUCAAGAGGAACUUCCUGCUGCUGAAGAUUUCUCCCUCUUUGAUAUUAUUGCUGACACUACAUCCGAACCCGCAGAGGAAUAUAUUUAUCCAGACUACCGUGGAAAAGGCUGUGUGGAUGAGAGUGGCUUUGUUUAUGCAAUUGGAGAGAGGUUUACUCCAGGACCCUCUGCAUGCCCUUGUCUCUGUACUGAAGAAGGCCCGUUGUGCAUUCAACCAGAAUGCCCUAGACUCCAUCCUCGCUGUAUUCAUGUUGACACUACUCAAUGCUGUCCACAGUGCAAAGAACAUAAAAAUUAUUGUGAUUUCCGUGGGAAAAUCUAUCGGACACUGGAAGAAUUCAUGGUUUCAUCUUGUGAGAAAUGUCGCUGUGAAGCCAAUGGUGAAGUAGUGUGCACUGUGUCUGCUUGUCCUCAGACUGAUUGUGUGGAUCCUGUAUAUGAACCAGAUCAGUGUUGUCCCAUGUGCAAAAAUGGGCCAAAUUGCUUUGCUGAAACCAUGGUUAUUCCAGCAGGUCGAGAAGUGAAGACAGAUGAAUGUACUAUAUGCCACUGUACUUACGAAGAAAUUACUUGGAGAAUUGAACGACAAGCUAUGUGUACCAGACACGAAUGCAAGCAAAUUCAGAUCUAUUAAUCUAGGGACUCAGGAUACUUUUAUAAAAUAUUUAAAUCCACCAGAUGAUUUGGUAAAAAGCAGUCAACUUCAAAGAACAUUUUGUUGAAGAUUAAGUAGGCAGCAAAUAUUUUGUUUUUGACAGGAAAAAAUAUAUGUCAACAUUUGCACUUAAAAUAGCUAUGUCAUUGUGUUAUAUUUCCAAGUGAGUACUUUACAAUAGACUCACAGAUUAUAUUAUUUCUAUAGUUCCAUUAGUUUAAAUUUAAUGUUUUAUAUAGAUGCUAAUUAAAGUAACAUUAAUGGUUGACUGUCUUCUUGCAUAUCUGACCAUGCAUAAAAUAAUGUUUGUUAUAUUAUAUAGAUUAUUUUUAUGAAGAAAUAACAAUAGGCUUAGAAAAGGUAAAAAAUAGAUAAUAUUAUAACCACUUAAAUUUGCAAAGAGUUGUUAUUGACUUUAGUAAUUUUAAUUUGCACAGAAAUAUGCACACAACAUGUGCCAAUAUUUCUUUACUGUUGACAUACACUGGCAUGAAUAUACAGUAAUCUGAGAGUAAGUGGGCUACUUCAUAAUCUGCUGCAUAAUUUUUAUAUUCUGUUAUAAGAAAAUUAGUCUCCCAUCAGUAGGCUGGAAAUAUAAGUUGUGAAUUUUCUGUG